UCCUAGCAACAGAGACGUGUUUACCUUCAAAAGCAGCACAAGACAGAGAGGUGAACUAACAACCUGGAGGUGCAGCGGAGGCCACAGGCCCAGAGGACUUUUGCUAUCCAUCACUGUUGUCAGUGAAGGUUUCCAUUACAGCAGUCACAGAUGGCUGAGCAAGGGAGGACUGUCACACCGACUGUUGUGGAAACUGGCACGAGGGGACGUCUGACCGGCAACAGAAUGAAACUCUGCAACUCUCCAUCCACACCGUCCUACGACUCUGGCAAACCGAGUUUCACUUCUUACCUCGGACGUCCCAGUAGAUCAGGCUUCACAUCGAACCAGAGACCAGCUGUGUAUUACAGGCCCAGUUUGGACCACACUGACAACCCUCAGUUGGGACUGUUGCUGUCUGACAGUUUCAUGUCUCAAACUAAACGCCACUACCAGCCUCCCAGCCCGUACGAGUGUUCUGUGUCUUUGCCAAACCUCGUCAACAGAGCCAUGGACAGCGGCUUCCACCAGCUGAGGAGCCACCCGAAAACAGAGGCGGAUGUGGAGAAGACAGAAUAUCAGAAGUGGUUUGUGCCGCAUCGUCUCGCACCAGCAGUUGCUCAAUGCCACGUGACCAUGGGAACUAAAGAGGAGAGUGGUUUCACUGAGGGGAAGGAGCUUCAGUUUAACACCUUUCUGGAGAAAAACUGUAGCACGGUUGAACCUCGUUUCACUCCCAGCUCGGUGACAAAGGGUGAUUUCGUGCCGCCGUCCUUUCUGCAGGGAACCGAGCCGACGCCGGGCCUGCGCAGCCAAGCUUGCAGAGAAACAGGAUUCACGAGAGGCGUCAUCGCUCCCUUGGCCUGCCCAAGCUCCCUCCUCCCGUCACCUCACAAAAGCAGUCCACCAACUGUGAUGACAAUUGGAAAAAAGGAGCCCACAGGGUCUCUUCUAAACACUCCAAACAAGCAAGCUUUCCCUAACAGGCCUUUUGAUCAUUCACACUUCACUACACAUUAUAGGAGCAAGUUUUGUCAUCGUGCUGAUUUGGAAAAGCUGAAAUCUGAUCGAAAUUGUGCGGGAAUCAUCAGCGCUAAAACGGGUAACGGCUACAAUGGCCGGGACAUGGACAGGUUCAUCUUUAAGGGCUAGAAAGACCUGUUCAUACCUGCAACAUGGCUGCUGCUUAACACAAAAAUAAACAUUUCGUGUUAAAGCGUUACACUUGGUAUUACACUUAUUGAAAAAUAAAUGUCAGUAAUUCAUUAAAGAUUAAAAACAGUGGGCGUGUCUUUAAGUACAUUUGAAACAUUGCAGCAAAUCUCGAAAUAAUGCAUCUUCUUUACGCUGUUUUACGUUGAAAAGCUGGUGAAUGAGAUGAUGCAUUGCCUUCGACCACCUCGUCACUGACCUACAGAGAAUGAGAGGAGUGUAAACCAAAGAGCAAAUGAAUUACACUCCGACUGAACACAGCACCGAUUCCCAUGGACGUCUGCAGUGUGUCAAACUGUUUUGCCACCCACGCCUCUGGGACGACCUGCAGAGCCUGCGUGGAUGAGGCGGAGGAGGGCUGAGAUUCCACCAGCAACACAUCGUGUGUCAUACGCUGCAGCUCCCAUACUGAGCAGCGACUGUGGGUCAGCUCUCAGAAGCCGCACUAAAUUGUACGUCAUUAGUAUCCGCACUGGAUCCACAAGGAAUAUAUAAAACGCCGCUGAAUGUCAACAAAGCAUAGAUAAUAAAUCCUGUGUAAUUAUCCUCCUACAUCUUCUCGUGGUGAACAGUGAAACAAUAUACUGUGUGAAUUUCAGCUACGCGUGGCUCUACGGAGGAGGAGUGUUCGUGGAGACAUUCACCGUACCCCGACGAUCAUUCCCACAGAUGCUGGUGACCCUUUCACCUUUUAUCUGGCACCACCAUCAGAUCAAAAUUCAAAUUUG